CGGAAGCUGUGCCUGACCCAGAAGCAGUUGUCAGUCACCGUCGGAAGUUUUCCGCCACAAAACGACACUGAAUUAACGGACGGACGAAAAAGUCCGGGAGCAGAACGGUAUGGACUCUCCAGGCAAAAGUCAAAGUCCCAGUUCUGCGCAGAAAGACAGUGGACCUUCAGUGGAGGAGGCGAGUCCAGCGGCAGCAGUGAAGCCCCAACAGGCCGGCUCGGUCGAGGGAAGCCCCAAAGACGGGCCCUCCCCUCAGGCCACCCCUGCGGACCGCAGCCCCUCCGGGAGCCCGGCCUCCAGCAGCUCGGACGACAGCAGCAGCAGCAGCGAUGAAGACGAUGAACAUAAUGGGACGAUGAGGAAGAUCAGGAGCAGUGUGGCCCAGAUCAAACGAUCCAGAUCCAGGUCCAAAGAGAAAGACAGAUCCGGGUCCGGAGAGCGAGAUAGAUCCAGAUCUACAUCCCAAAGAUCCAGGUCCAAUUCUAGAGAGCGAAACCGAUCCAGGUCCAGAGGGCGAGACAGAUCCAGGUCCAGAGGACGAGAUAGAUCCAGGUCCAGAGAGAGGGACAGGUCCAGAGGACGAGACAGAUCCAGUUCCAGGGGACGAGACAGAUCCAGAUCCAGGGAGCGGGACCGGGAGCGCUACGACAGAGGACGCUAUGCUAGAGAUCGCUACGACGAUCGGCGCGAUGACAGGAACGGUCGUUCUCACCGUUGGCCCAAUCGGGACGCAGAGUCAGACCACAGGAGGCGCGGCCGCUCUGCUUCCCCUCCGACGGACCGGGAGCCGGCGGCGGGCGAGGAGCCACCGGUCAAGAAGAAGAAGGAGGAGAUCGACCCGAUCCUGACGAGGACUGGUGGAGCGUACAUCCCCCCCGCCAAGCUGCGCAUGAUGCAGCAGCAGAUCUCUGACAAGAGCAGCCUGGCCUAUCAGAGGAUGAGCUGGGAGGCGCUGAAGAAGUCCAUCAACGGUUUGAUCAACAAAGUCAACGUGUCCAACAUCAUCAACAUCAUCCAGGAGCUGCUGCAGGAGAACAUCAUCAGGGGGAGGGGUCUGCUGGCUCGCUCGGUGCUGCAGGCUCAGGCCGCGUCGCCAAUCUUCACCCAUGUUUACGCCGCUGUCGUCGCCAUCAUCAACUCCAAGUUCCCCAACAUCGGAGAGCUCAUCCUCAAACGUCUCAUCAUGGCCUUCAGGAGGAGCUACCGCCGCAACCAAAAGCUUCAGUGCCAGACGGCCUCAAAGUUUGUGGCUCACCUCCUCAACCAGAACGUGGCCCAUGAGCUUUUGUGUCUGGAGAUGCUCAAUCUGCUGCUGGAGCGGCCGACUGACGACAGCGUGGAGGUCACCAUCUCCUUCCUGAAGGAGUGUGGACUCAAACUGACCGAGGUCUCCCCCCGAGCAAUCAACGCCAUAUUCGAGCGACUCAGGAACGUCCUCCACGAGUCGACCAUCGAUAAGAGGGUCCAGUACAUGAUCGAGGUGAUGUUCGCCAUCAGGAAGGACGGUUUCAAAGAUCACCCCAUGAUCCCAGACGGCCUGGACCAGGUGGACGAGGACGACCAGUUCACCCACGUGAUGGCGCUGGACGACGAGUACACCACUGAGGACAUACUGAACGUGUUCAAGUUGGACCCGGACUUCCUGGAGAACGAGGAGAAAUACAAAACGCUUAAAAAAGAUAUCCUGGACGAGGGCAGCAGUGAUUCAGGGGAGGAAGGAGACGGCAGCGACGAGGAUGAAGACGAGGAAGCUGAGAACGAGGAGGGGGCAGAAGAUGAGAAGGUCACCAUCUAUGAUCAGACUGAAGUCAACCUGGUCGCUUUCAGAAGAACCAUCUACCUCGCUAUACAGUCCAGUUUGGACUUUGAGGAGUGCGCCCACAAGCUGAUUAAGAUGGACUUUCCUGACAGCCAGACGAAAGAGCUGUGCAACAUGAUCCUCGACUGCUGCGCUCAACAGAGGACCUACGAGAAGUUCUUUGGUCUGCUGGCCGGGAGGUUCUGUCUGCUGAAGAAAGAGUAUAUGGAGAGUUUUGAGGGAAUUUUCGCGGAGCAGUACGAAACGAUUCACCGACUGGAGACCAACAAACUGAGGAACGUGGCCCGACUGUUCGCUCACCUGCUCUACACGGACUCUGUUCCCUGGAGUGUGUUGGAGUGUGUCAGGAUGAGUGAGGAAACCACUACGUCGUCCAGCAGGAUCUUUGUGAAGAUCCUCUUCCAGGAGCUCUGUGCCUACAUGGGCCUGCCCAGACUUAACCAGAGGCUCAAAGACCAGACUCUGCAGCCGUUCUUCGAAGGUCUGUUUCCUCGUGAUAAUCCCAGAAAUACUCGCUUCGCCAUCAACUUCUUCACCUCCAUUGGUCUGGGAGGACUGACGGACGAGUUGAGGGAACAUUUGAAGAACGCUCCAAAGAUGAUCAUGACGCAGAAGCAGGAAGUGGAGUCCUCUGACUCCUCUUCCUCGUCCUCAUCUUCCCUUUCCUACUCGUCCACCUCCAGCGAGUCAGACUUGUCCUCCAGCAGCAGCAGCAGCAGCUCGGACUCUGACUCCAAACGCAAGAAGAUGAAGAAGAGAAAAGCAGGUGAGGCUAGGAAGAAAGAGAAGGGUAUGAAGAAGGACAUGAAGAAGGAUAAGAAGAAGGACAAGAAGAAGGGUAAGAAGAAGGAUAAGUUGAAAUCCGCUACGAAGAAGCAAAACAAACAGAAGAAGGACGAGGUCGACGAGGAUGACAGCGACGACGAGGACGAGAAGCGGGUGAGGAAGCAAGGGAAAGGCCGCACACGUGAGGUGGAGGACCGCGAGGUGGAGGACCGCAGGCGUGCACGUGAGGUGGAGGACCGCGAGGUGGAGGACCGCAGGCGUGCACGUGAGGUGGAGGACCGCAGGCAUGCACGUGAGGUGGAGGACCGCAGGCAUGCACGUGAGGUGGAGGACCGCAGGCAUGCACGUGAGGUGGAGGACAACGACGACGACGACGACGACGACGACAGGCAGCAGAAAGAGGAGAAGAGGCGAAAAAUGGCCAUUCAAGGCCGACAGAGAGAAGAUGGAGACCGGGAGAGAGAGAGAAAGAGAGACAGAGGGAACAAAGAGAACAGCAACAGAGAGCGAGAGGAGAGGAGGAGGAGAUAAAACUCUUCGUCCCUCCGUCCUGAUGGACUGAUGAUUGACAGACAAGCGAAUAUUUUCCUCCUUCUGUCAUCCCUCUCUACUUCACCCCGUCCUGUCACUCUCACCUUGAUUAGGGGACCCGUUCUCUCUAUCUCUCCCCAUCCCCCUCCCUCCCUCCUUCCAUCUUUCUGUCCAUUUUUUCUAUUGUUGAUUUUUGUUGUUGAUGAAAUGAGAAAGGAAAAAAAAAAAAACAUUAAAGAUGCUCUAGAUGUUUCUGUUA